GUUCUGUUCUGUGCACUUGUUUAUACCUACCUACUUGGAGAAUAUAAUACAGAAAUCAGUAUCGUCGAAGUCAUAAUGUUUUCAACCAGCAUGUGGCUGGUCAUAAUAGCAUUAACAAUAUUCUAUUAUUUCUGCGUCCGUCCAAUGAAAUAUUGGAAAAAGAUAGGCAUCCAUCAAGGACAUCCAUCAUGGUUAUUUGGAGAUAGUUUACGUAACAUUUUGGGAUUGGAAGGUUUCAUCACCACAAUCGAUAAUGGAUACAAAAAUGCUCCUGGUAAAAGGUAUUUUGGAAUGUACAUGUUUGUCAAGCCAUUGUUGGUCGUCAAGGAUCCUGACCUUAUUAAGGAAAUUUGUGUGAAGGCUUUCGAUAAUUUCGCGGACCACCGUGAUAUCAUCCCUGUAGAAGCUGAUCCUUUAUGGGGUAAAAACCUGGUACAAUUGAAAGGUGAAGAUUGGAGAUUCAUGAGACCGCUGAUGAGUCCUUCUUUCACUUCUGGAAAAAUCAAAAUGAUGUUUGGGCUGAUGUCAGACUGUGCCGAAAACGUCGUCAAUCAUUUCAAGAACAAAAACGGAAUGUCCAUAGAACUCAAUGUGCUGGAUGCAACGACAAGAUACACCAAUGAUGUCAUCGCCAGCGUCGCAUUCGGAGUGUCUGUGGAUUCCAUGAAAAAUCCAGACAAUGAGUUCUUCCAUGUGGCAAAAGAGGCUACAGAUUUGACUAAGUUCCGGGCGACUCUGAGUGCGAUAUCAUCUUUCGUUUUACCUGGUUCCAUAAUGAAAAUGCUCGGUUUGAGGUUUUUCGAAGAGGAUGUCAGAAAUUACUUCUUCAACGUUCUUCAAGAUUCACUACAGAUGAGGAAGAAUUCCGGAACAUACCGUUCAGAUCUCAUAGACUCGCUUUUGGAAGCCCAAUCAGCAGUAAAAAAAGUAAACUCAUCACGAAAAUUGGAUGAUGACGAUAUCUUAUCUCAGGCCAUGAUAUUUUUCCUUGGAGGAUUCGAUACAGUUAGUAAACUACUCAGUUUCAUAUGUUACGAACUGGCAAUCAAUAAGGGAGUGCAGGAACGACUAAGAAAAGAAAUCGGCGAUGUCUCUAGAGAAAAUGAUGGGAAAAUAACAUACGAAGCUAUAAUGAAAAUGGACUACAUGGACAUGGUUAUUUCAGAAUCGCUGAGGAAAUGGCCCAUCAUGGGUGGAAUAGACAGAAUAUGCACAAAAUCCUACAAAAUAGAACGAGUCAACCCAGCCGAGCAACCCAUUAUCAUUGAAAAAGGAACCCUAUUGUGGAUACCCGUUUGGUCCAUACACCGCGAUGCCAAAUAUUUCCCGGAUCCGGAGAAAUUCGAUCCAGAGAGGUUCAAUGAAGAGAGAAAGACAGAAAUAUAUCCCUAUUCCUAUAACCCUUUCGGUUUUGGCCCUCGUAGCUGCAUCGGACAAAGAUUCAGUUUACUUGAAUGUAAAAUUAUAAUUAUGCAUAUCAUAUCUAAUUUCGAAUUGGAACCCUGCCAGAAGACGAAGAUUCCGUUAGGACUUCUCAAGAAAGCUUUUCUGGUUAGUCCAGAAGUUGAAAUCAUUCUUAAUAUGAAAAAAAUCGCCUGAGCAUUUUCAUAGUGCAAUAUUUGCACUAUAAUAAUAAUUAUUGAAGCACUGGGUAAGAUCAUGUUUCAUUGGUGAUUAAAUUCGU